UGUUAUUUCUUAUGCUCAUGAAUACGACUAUACUAGGCAUUUUUACAAGGACUUGCUCAUGAAAAUUAGGAAAAGAUGAAUCUUUGUUGCAUUGCUUGGUUUGAACUCCUUGGUUGGGUUUGAAAUUGUGAUUGAAGAGGAAAAAAACAAGUAGAAUAAGCGUGUUUGGCUAAACUUUCCCCAAAAGGAUUCGUGAUUCUUUAAGGCACUUGUUGGGCUAGAAUUUAUUGAUAAUCAUGGAGACAGAGAUUGUGGAAUCUAAAUUGUCCAUUACAGUGGAAACUGAUAAGGUCUCUGUGGAGAAGGGAAAUCUGAACAUAAAAUUUGGUUCUCAGUCGCUAGACGAGCCAUCUGAAGGCGAAGUUAAUAAAGCGCAUGAGGCUAACCUGCCCAGCGGUGCACUCGACGAGUGGCCUGCACCCAAGCAGAUCCACUCUUUCUACAUUUUUAAGUAUCGGUUGUCUGACGACCCGAAUCUGAAGGUCAAAUUUGAUCUGGCUGAAAAUGAGCUAAAGAAAAAGAAUCUGGCCCGCUCUCAGAUUACCGAUAAAUUAAGGGUGAAAAGGGCAGAUCGGGCCCAGGUAAUUGCUCAAAUAAGGUCUCUAAGUGUCGAGAAAAGACAUUUUAGGACGAUCAUGGAUGAGAAGAGAAAAGAAAUGGAACCUCUGCAGCAGGCUUUGGGCAAGUUGCGACGUGCCACUAGCGGAGGCAGAGAGAGGGGUUUGACUAUUUGUUCAUCUGAAGAAGAGCUCAAUAAUCUUAUAAAGAGUUUGCAAUACCGCAUUCAGCACGAAAGCAUUCCUCUUAGUGAAGAGAAACAAAUCCUCAGGGAACUUAAACAACUAGAAGUGACAAGGGAAAAAGUUAUUUCAAAUGCUGCCGAGAGGGCGAGGAUUCAAGACAACCUCGGUGAAAAAGGUGCCAUUCAGGAUCAUGUCAAACUUAUAGGUGUUGAUCUUGAUGGAGUUCGAAAAGAACAGGAAGUGGUCAAGGCGAAGCUUAAGCAGCUGGAUGAAAAAAAAGAGGCUAUAGAGAAAGAGAUCAAUGCUUUGCAAGAGGAGUUGACAGUAGUUGCACAGAAUAGAGACAAAACUUUUGGAAGCAUUCAGGAACUGAAGAAACAACGUGAACACGGGAAUUCCCCUUUUUAUCAAAACCGCAUGCUCUUGGUCAAAGCCAAAGAAUUAGCAGCAAAUAAUGAUAUUGAAGCCCUGAAGAAGCUUUCUGUUACAGAGGUCGAGAAAUUCAUGUCACUCUGGAGUAGUAAUAAAGAUUUCCGGGAUGACUACGAGAGGAGAGUUUUGCAGUCACUUGACAUGAGGCAGCUGAGUCAUGAUGGCCGUAUGAGGAAUCCAGACGAGAAGCCGCGGUUGCUGGUUAAGGUGCCAACUCCAUCUGAAACCGAGGUUGUCCUAAAAACAAGUGUGAAACAACCCCAAAAGGAGGAUCUCAUUCUCCCGGGACAAAGUGAUGCUUCUUCCACGAAGAAAGUUCAGAAGGAAAAGAAUGCUAAAAACGAGAAAGAAGCAAAUAAGAAAACGGAAAGCGCCAUGGAAAAAAUGGAUAUGGAAGUUAGAGAAGUCUCGAGGACAGAAAAAUUGCAAGAGGAUUCUGACCCCAAGAGGAAUGAAGUUGAUGAGGCAAAGUUGAAGGAGAUGAAGAGAGAUGAAGAGAUGGGUAAGGCCAAGCUAGCAAUGGAAAGAAAGAAGAAGUUGGCAGAGAAAGCCGCUGCUAAAGCGGAAAUAAAAGCUCGGAAAAAGGCUGAAAAGAAGCUCAAGGAGCAAGAGAAGAGAGCAAAGAAGAAGGCUGGUGCUUUUAUUUCUGCUCAGGUCUCCGAGGAAUUACCAAAUGAAGCAGAUAAAGAGGCUGUUGUAUCCAAUAAGGUAGAUGAAGCAGUUGAAACUCCUCCACCCAAAAACAAGGAUCGGAAAGAACGCCCAAUCAGACACAGACCACGACCAAGAGGUUCGGAUUCACUGCAUAAAGUUGUGCUGAAACGCAAGAAGACAACAAAAUAUUGGGUAUGGGCUGCUCCUGCUGCCUUGGUGGUUCUUGUACUCCUUGUUUUUGGUUACAGCUACCUUAGCUAAGAUUGUAAACUAGAUAGAAUCAUGAGGGAAGCUUGUCAUUUUGAUGAUAAUGAGUGGCAUGGUCUCUAUAAAAAAUGGACAGACCCGAAACACUCAGUGGAUGUUUUGUACGAACUAUAAAACGAACAUGAUUUUAUCAUAUCCACAUUACCUCUACUCA